GCCACCGACCCGGUGCCACCCUGUUGCUACGUCCGGGCGAAGGACUUCGAUGUCCGGGAGUGUCACGGGCCGAUUCAUGAUGUGUAGAGAAUGUAUCACACGUCGUCCACAACGUCGUUGUCGUCGUCAUCAGGAACACAUGCUGCCACAUUGCCAAGGCCCUCCUCCAGUGGUCAUCACCAUCGACAUCAACAGCAGUAUCAUCAUCAUCAGCAACAGCAUCAACUCCAACAGCAGCAGCAGCAGCAGCAGCAUCUCUUCUAUCCCACUCUUGCAGGACCGGGGGGAGUCUCUUCCAAUACGGCGAUACGAGUCUCCCUACCGCAUUCAUCGUCAUCGAGCUCAUUAUCGAAUCUAGUGGCAGUGCCAGACGCCGCCCCGCACCACCACCACAGCAGCAGCAGACUGAAGAAGAGCCACAAUCAAAAUCAACAGCAACAAUUUUCAGAACAUCAACAACAGCAACAGCAACAACAACAGCAAAGGCCGAUUGUCUACCAGAGCGGCCAACCGAGUCAGCAACAGCAACAACCGCUUAAGGCCGGGCCGAGACCCACUUACGGUGCCUAUACGAAUAACACUUUACCGCGGGGGCCUUAUCUUCAGUAUAAGUAUAACAAUAUUAGCAGUAUUCCGGCUGUUGCAGCAGUGAGCAGUGACAAUAAUGGCAAGUUCGACCUUCAGUCCAAGCAGAUCGAGGCACUGCGCUCGGAAUUCCUAGAGCUGGCUACGACCCGUGUUCAGCUUCAACAGCAACGGAAACAGCCAACCGAACACUACAGCAGCAACGAUGACCGUGACUCGCUCCGGAGUACCAGGUCGGGAGCUUCGACCGCGUCCUCCACGGCCACGACUGCCACGGCAAUAGUAGGCACCGUCGGAACCUACCAGCACCAUCUUCAACAGCACCAACAACAGCAACAACAACAACAGCACCAACAACUGCAACAACAACAUCAACAACAACAUCAACAACAACAGCAACAACAGCAAUCCCAUCAACAACAACAACUGCAUCAGAAUCAACAAGGCUGUGCUAGUAAUAGUAGUAGUAAUAGUAAUAGUAACAGUAGUAGUAGUAAACGGCAUCACUACCAACAACAGCAGCAGGUCUAUCAUCAACAUCAGCUGCAACAGCAACAGCAACACAAUAUCAACUACCAUUAUCAACAGCAGCAGCACCAUCAGCAGCAACAACAACAACAGCAGCAACAACAACAACAACAACAACAGCAACAACAACAACCAUCGAGACCAGCUUCGGCUGUUGGUAGCAGUAGUGCUGGAAGUGGUGGUGCCAAUGGAGGAGGAAACACUUUGAAUCGAGGUGGUGACGGUGGCGAACGCAGUCGAACCGGUGGCUACUGUCUCACCUACGUUACCCUGGCGGAUGUGGUGGCCCUGAAGCGGAUCAGUCAACCGGAAGGAUGGGCGCUGCUGUGCCAAUCGGUGCAGGCACUCCAGGAUCUAUUUCUGUCGGACACACCAUCCAUAACGAAGGUCCGGCCGCUGAUAUCGCCCACCGGGUUGCAAAUUACCGCCCGGGGUCGAGUCGUGUUCAAUAUCGUGCCGGUCAGCCAACCGUUGACGGAGGUGGUGACAGCAGCGACAACAACGACAGCCGGUUCCGGUGAACACCACCAGCUGCUGAUGCCACCGUCGUACGUCAAUCUCAAGAGCUACCUUUCGCCGGAGUACGUCAACUGCCUCGGGAAGAAGCCCAACUUUUCCGAAUCGGACGUUGAGAAGAUGUGGAUCUAUUCGCUCGGUGUAACACUGCAGAAAACUAUUUCAUCAUUCUCGGUCAACUAUCAGCAGCGAUCCAGCGGCAGCAGUAGUGGUGGAAACGAUGGUGACGCAGCAACUGGACGACGCAGUGCCGGAUCGUCGGACGAGGACGGGCUGACCGCUCUGGACCACGUGAUCCUGGCCAUGUGCGAAGCGAACCUGUACAAGCGGGCCAGUCUCAUGUUUCUGCUGGAUAUCAUCUCCGACUACUGCAAGAACCACCACCUGUACAAGCCCUUCUCGCACAUGGUGCUUGACCUCUUCAAGGAAGUUGUCGCGUCCGUUUCGACGCGCAUCGAAGUGAAGCAACCCAAGCAGAUGACCGAAUGCUACGAGGAGCACAAAAGCGACACCGAUUCCGGUCGCAGCUCCGAUCAUGGCGAAUUGGAAGUGCAUCGCAAGCUUGACAACUUCCAGCAGCCAGCACCCCCACCAGCACCCUCGGAAAUCAACUACGGCAUCACCAUCAGCGGGCACGACCUGGAACAGGCCCGAUACUUUGGAUCCACCGCAAACCUUCGGGUGAAGCGAGCCGAACCGGACGAGAACAGGUUCCGAUCGCUACCGAGACCGUCGGACUCGACCAAGCUGGAACCGGUUCGAAACUACGCCACUAUUGGAUACUCCAAGAGCAUUCGCGCAGGGGUCGGAACGGAAGGAGAUCCCAAGAAGCUACACGUCGUUCGACGGCGGCACAAUGCGGAAAUGUUGCGGAAGAGGAACGACGCCCGGAGAAAUACGAUCGAUGUAACCAUGGUGGAAGUCAAGAUGGCGGAGGUCCAGUUGCAGCAGCAACAACAACAACAGCUGGGAACGCUUGGUCGGUUGCAGCGGAGUCAGACCCGGCUGGUUCCGUCCAAGUCGACGACGCAGCUGAAUCUGAUCGACGGGGGAAACGACUUUCAACGAAAGAUUGACGAGAUGAGCUUCAACGCUACGUCGAUGCCAAAUCUCGGAGCCCCACUGGUAUCGGUGCAGCAGACAAAUCCCCUGUUCGCUGAAAGACGAAAGGAAGAUUUCUCCCUCGGUCGAUCCAACACUCGGGUGGACUCGCUCGAGGAAGCCGGGAGGGUUGCCUCUGAAGUCAGUCAUGGACCGGAAUUCGUCCGGAAUGCUUUUACACCACCAAAGGUCAUCGAUCUAACGGAUUCCAAGACUCAACACCGUCGAACGGUAACGAUCCUGCUGCUGAACGGAACCAAAGUGAACGUCAUCUGCAAUCCCACGACCACCGUGGCUAAACAAGUCUUUGAGGCUAUCCUGAGGCUGGAGAAGCUGUCCGAAAACUUCUUCCUCGGGCUGUGCGCUCUAAUCGGAGGGGAUUUCGUUUUCCUUCCGAAUGAUCUCAAAAUCUACAAGGUUGCACCGCAAAUUUGGGUCAACACAUCGAAAAAAUCCGCAACACUGGGCGAAAACGUUGUUUUCACCCUCUAUCUGAGGCUAAAGUUCUUCCUGCCCACGCUACGAGGCGUUAGCUGCUCGGAAUCGCGCCAUCUACUAUAUCUGCAGCUGCGCAAAAGCAUCCUGGAGCGGCAGAUUCUCUGCUCCGAAGACGAUCUGAUUGCAUUGGGAGGGCUCGCUCUCCAGGUGGAAGUCGGAAGCUUCAAGGAGAAUAUGAAAUACACGGAGUACUUUACGAUAUCGCACUAUCUCCCGGAGGAGGUCUACCGGAAGAAGAAGGAACUGGCCAAGUACCUGCGGAGUUCGCACUUUUGUAAGCGCGGGCUGCACCAGCUGGAGGCAGAGCACAACUUUAUCCGUUACGUGCAGGAGCUGAAGGAGUACGGGCUGCAUCUGUACAGUGCCACGUGGACGACCGAGGAGAACAUGACGCUGGAGGUGUACGUGGCGAUAUCGUUGAGUGGGGUGGCAAUUUUCGAGAGGAAUCUCAAGUUUAAUCCGAAGGGAGCGCAGCAGGAGUUCAACAACGGGAAGAAUUCCUACCAGCGGCAUCUGUAUGCGUUCUUCGAUUGGUUGGAGAUUGAGAACAUUUGCUUCUCAAAGCACGUGUUCUGUGUGGUGGUCAGGAGGACGGAGAGCUUGAACCCCAAGGACAAGAGCCGGGUCAAGUAUAAGCUGAGGAUGGACGGAAGGAAGAGCUUCUUCGCCUUCAACCUAGCCUCAGAGCAUCACAAGUUCUACAUGAAGCUGCGGAACUCAUUCGUCUCAAUCAAAGCCCUGUCGAACGAGCUGAACAUUCCGAUCGCCGAGCCCACCCGUGUCGGGCCAAGCCCCGUCGCCAUUGAUCCCACCAAACCCAAGCUGGACGUGGCCGAUGUCGACGAGAAGGCAGCCUUCGACGCCAAGCACGUGGACAAGAUCGACAAACCGCUCAAAUCCACGGGUCUUCGGGUUCGGAACCUCAAGAAAUCCAUGCUGAACGAUAACCGGCUGGCGAAGCUUCGCCAGAAAUUUCUCAUCAAGCGGUCCAAGUCCACGGUGGAGGGACCGCAACCAGCGCUGAACCAAUCCGUCGAGAUCGCAAACCAGCAGAAUCAGAACAAGGAGAACGAAAACCCGGAUCCGGUCGGGCCGAGCGGGAUCAGCAUGUCACCGGAUUGUUCCCCGAAGACGCCCAGCGUCAAUCGGAAUCGGGUCAAAAUGGGAACGAGGGUGUUUUCGGCGCAGUUUCUGAACAAGUCCUAUGACAACCUGUACGAGCAGGCUGGGAUCGGGAGUGGAGCGCUGAGUGGAGCUAACUCCAUUCAGAAUUUAGCGAACAGUAGUUUCAACGAGGAUGAUGAACUGUAUGUGGGCUACGAGAAGAAGGUUGAUCCGUUGCUGAUCGAGAGCAGUGUGGACGACGCGGUAUCGACGAAGAGCAGCAUGGGAUCGGUGUAUUUUAUGGAGAAGAUUGAGGAGAAGUCUGUGGGCGGAAGUGAGGAGACGUUGUCACCAAAAGCGUGUGUAAUUCAAUCAAGCAUCCGCAGCGAAAGUGGACAUUUUGAGGUGCCCAAUGAGACAAUUUCCGAUACGUUGCUGGAAAAGUUCAACAACCUGAGCUGCAGUGCGACGAUCAACGAUCGGAUCUUAACGUCGGUCAUUGUGGUGAAAGAUUUCAUAAAUCCGAACGAGAAGCGGAGUCAGGCGGAGGCUAAGGCGAGCAUGCUGGCUCGGAAAAGAUCUUUCCUGUCACGAAGCCAGGAGUCGGUGCUGUUCCGGAACGGUGGUUCCCGAUUGAUGACCUUCGGCGGGGAUGAUCUGAGUUCGGACGGUGGAAUUGCGGAUUGUGGAAGUAGUGGAGAGGAUGGUCGGGGUGCGAGGUACACCUUGGGGAUUAGUAUCGUGCAAGGAUCGGAUAACAAUGUUUACGUUAAGGACUUGGUGGCAAAUGGACCGGGAGCCAGAGCGGGAGUUAGGAUCGGGGAUCAGAUAAUUGCCGUUGAUGGUCGGUCUUUGCUGAAUCUGCCCUACAGCGAAUCCCUGACGAUUCUACAAAACACGGGACGAACGGUGGAGUUGGUCCUGUCGCAAAUCUACGUGCGACCUGCACUGAGCUCGAGUCGCUUGAAUAUCCACCAAUCGACCAACAGUAUCAACAAGAUCGGUCAUGAUGAUCUGUACCCAUCGAAGCUGGACGCGGUUCGAAUGGCCACCGCAUCCGUUUCCAAAUCCAACAGCUUAUACAUAAAGAACGGUGCUCAAAACCAGCAGCAGCAAUCCACGCAUCCGCGGAAGAGUCCAGCGGUCAAUGGGAAAACCUACGACGAUAUAGGACAUCACUUCGAUGCCAUUCGAUCCUUCUACCACCAACAUAGUCAGAGCCAACAGGACGAUCGGAAGACAUCCUUAAAUCAACACCGUUACACGAAAAAUGUCGCGGAUAUUCUGCGCACAAGAAACCGAGUCAACGAAAGCCACGGCGGUGGCCCGCCUGGAAUGCUGUCCCCCUCCAAGAGCAUGCCCGAUCUGCCAAAGAUCCUCCAAGCCUACACCAAACCGACCUCGGUCAGUCCAAUUUCCUCCUAUCCCGGUGUGUCCAGCUCGUCGUCGUCUUCGUCUUCGACCUUAUCGUACGGAUCGAACCGAACGCAACCGAAAUCCCUGCCGCCUCCGAAGACGAUGGGCCUUUCGCGGAAGUACACCGGCCCGUUGCGCUUCCCGGUCACGCCGGCCAAAGACUGCAUCCGGACCAUUCCGGCCCACCCGAGCGUGAAGAUCCAGCUAUCCCUGUCGAAUGCCUCCGAAGACGGGCAGGUGUUCAUCUAGGUUAGAUUCGAAAUCAUUUGUUUAU